GCUCAUCAUUUUUAUUCAAUUAUUGUUUAGUUUUUUCAUUUUAAUCGCUUUAUAAAUCAUUUUAAUUUUCCUUUUUUAUAUACAUAGACAUCAUUUUUAUUUGUUAUUUCUUAUAAUAUAUACACAUUUGUUAUCCAAUGGUUUCCAAUCAACACAAUGACUGAACCCAAAGGACAUUAAGGAUUGUGUCCACCAAUGCAUGACUUGAUCCCUGUUUGCAGUAUUUGAUUGAAUCUAUGUUUUGAUUUGAAUUUUGUAUCAUUUGACACAUUGUCUCAAUUAUGACCGUAACUAAAGAUAUCAAUCAAAUCAAACAUCUCUUGGAGAGGAUUGACCACAACUUGAAACACAAGGACUCAUCCAAUGGCAGUAAUCUGAAGGAUGAUCUCAAGACUCUGCUAACUGUCCUCCAGUGUCCAGUGUUUGCCAGUAUUAUAGCAAUUCAGGUAUUCAUAGACUAUAAGAGACAACUNAACUUGAAACACAAGGACUCAUCCAAUGGCAGUAAUCUGAAGGAUGAUCUCAAGACUCUGCUAACUGUCCUCCAGUGUCCAGUGUUUGCCAGUAUUAUAGCAAUUCAGGAAUCGAUUGAUGAGCUGAAAGAGCAGCUGUUGAGACACCCGUCGAUACUUCCGGUCGACUUCGACAUCUCCCCCCUCACGGGUCACCUCGUGCUCAGUGUUCCGCCCGAACCCAAUCACGUGACGGCCGCCAACUCAGAUUCAUACGAGCCAUCCUCUGAUCCCGAACAGAGCUAUGAGUUUGACUGUCGACCAGAACUGGCUGUCCGUCAAACCAAUCACAUGAAUGAGUUGUGCGCUCAACCAGAGCCCGAUUAUGUCAAUAUAUCUGCUCAGUUGGGACGGGUGUCAUAUCCGGCUUAUUCACUGUCAACGAUGGCCACCGAUAACGCCGAAGGUUUGCUCAAAUGUCUGUCCGAAUCAGCGGCCGGUCGUAAUGUGCAGACAAUACAACUCUAUAAACCCGACGGACACAGCCUUGGCUUCAGUGUCGUCGGCAUGAAGAAUGAGUUGACGGAUGAGCUCGGGAUCUAUAUCCAGGACAUCCAUAGCAAUGGCAUCGCCGCCAGGGAUGGAGGUUUGCAAAAAGGAGAUCAGAUAUUAGCCAUCGAUGGGCAGCCAUUUUCGAGUGAUAUAUCACAUGAAGAGGCUAUAAAUAUCCUACAACGCGCACAUGGGAUUGUGGAACUAGUGAUUGCUCGGGGACAGACAUCAAAGUCAUGCGAUUCUAUUGAAUUGUUGGCCAAUCCAUCGGAUGUGUUGAUAGAGAGGUCUCCCUCAGGAGUUAGUGAUAGCUCUAAAGAUUCAAACGAUAUGGUGCUGAACACGGAAUGGGCACAAAUCGAGGCCAUAGAGCUCGACAACGAUGGCUCAGGGCUUGGCUUUGGAAUAAUCGGUGGCCGAAGUACUGGUGUGAUCAUCAAGACAUUGGUUCCGGGAGGUGUUGCUGACAGAGACAAUCGGUUGCAAAGUGGAGACCAUAUUCUGCAGAUAAACGACGUUAACCUCAGAGGAAUGGGUUCAGACCAAGUGGCACAAGUGCUGCGCUUAACUGGUGCUCACGUGCGGCUCGUAGUGGCGCGUCCGGUCGACCCCACGUCUGACCUGCAGGUCAUCCAAAGCAGUGCUCCUAUCGUUCCGACCAAAGACCUGAUGGACGCGGAAAAAGUUGAAAAUCAUUUGACAAUAUUUCAACAGCAACAAUCACAAGAACUGCCUCGAGAUGUGCCGUCGACGCCAAUCACGCCAUUCACUAAUGGCCACGAAUCCGAUAUACCCAUCGGAUCCAUCACUUCCAUUCCCAUUGAAACGCAACAAAUCGCUAGAAUAGACCUUCACAGCCCUCCAUCAGAGCUUCAGACGCCGACACCAAUACUCACCUCAGAAGUGACAGUAAGUGCUGGCAAUACAUCGGUUGUGGCGAAUGUCAAUCGAAAAGUUGAGGUCCAAGUGAACAGUGAGAGCCCUAUCGUUGCCGAUGACUUGCCUGAAAUGGAAACCUUUGAAGUGGAACUAAUCAAAGAUCAACAGGGAUUGGGCAUCACUAUAGCUGGCUAUGUCUGCGAGAAGGAAGAAAUUUCUGGCAUUUUCAUCAAAAGCAUAGCACCGGGAAGUGUGGCCGACCUCUCAAAGCAAAUCUCAAUCAAUGACCAAAUUAUUGAGGUGGACGGGCGGUCACUGUAUGGCUAUACCAAUCAUCAAGCAGUUGAGGUGUUGCGAAACACCGGGAAAGUUGUGAAACUGCGAUUAGCCCGAUAUCUGAGAGGCUCUAAAUAUGAGCAGUUGCAACAAGCUAUUGCCAGCCCUGAUCUACCGGCUCCCUAUUACCCACAACCAGGUGCUACAGUUAUCCAAAUUUACGACCAGUCAACUGACUUGAGUCAGAACAGCCAAACCCUGAGUGCCAGUAGUGAUAGCAUCUCGAAAAGUGUGUCGAAAUCUAAUGCAGAGCUUAUAGAGAAGUGGCAGAACAUAAUUGGUCCCAAUUUUGAGAUUGUGAUUGCAAAUAUUGUACGAGAGGGUCCGGGACUCGGGAUCUCAUUGGAAGGAACGGUAGAUGUAGAGAACGGCAAUGAAGUUCGACCCCAUCAUUACAUCCGAUCCAUUUUGCCCGACGGACCCGUCGGUAUUAAUGGAAUCCUCAGGAGUGGAGACGAACUAUUGGAGGUCAACGGAACACAACUUCACGGAAUGAGUCAUUCAGAUGUCGUGCCAUUACUUAAAGACUUGUCAACUGAAGUGCAAAUGGUUUGCGCCCGACCUUUAAAUCGUGAUAUUUUAGUCAACUUCGAUGCCAUCGCUGGUGACAACCAGAGCUCAACUUCUCGAACGGAAUUAGAUUUCAAUGCAAUGAAUGAUAGCCUCAUUUCGAUUGUGCCCUCCAGUGAACGACUAGUCAAAGCAAAAUCGGACGGUUCCCUUGCGAUGACUGCGCCCACCGUUUCAAUCGCCUCUGACUUAUCAAAGAUGAAGUCCCGAUCAUUAGAACCGCUGACAGGACUGGCCAUGUGGUCAUCCGAAGAUCCGAUGAAUCCCACGGAAACUGUGAUUGUCAUUAGAUCUCUCGUUCCCGGAGGUAUAGCCCAACAGGACGGCCGACUUAUUCCAGGGGAUAGGCUAUUGUUCGUGAACGACACGGUGACCAACGAUUUGGAUGUGGCGGUGAGAACGCUGAAGACGGCCAGUAAGGGGUCGGUUGUAAUUGGAAUUGCAAAGCCACUCCCGCUGCCCGAGAGCACCGGCACCAUUCACUGCAUACAAUCCCCAACGAAUAGUCAGCGUUUUUCAAUCGAGGAGUUCAAGAGUUCAGUCCAAGUGACAGAUCAGUCAAUACAGGGCCAGACAAUUGACAUUUUAGAUAAUCAAUCAGUUAAUCCGAGCGAACAAUCACUUCAAUCGAUUGCCAUCCAGUCGUUGAGACCUGAAGAGGAAUCAAAGUCCGCGAAAAGCCAAGUCUCGCGACAGGAGUCCAUAAAUUCGGUGAAUUCGGUUGAAUCGCAGAUCUCUUCGGGCGCCGUGUCCUUAGCCGACCACUUAAUGUCUAACGUAUCGCGAGAUCGAAACAAUUUUGCCAUAUCUUCGUCUCCGACAAACAGUGCCAGUAAUCUAGUGUUUAGUGAGUCCCGGAGCUCAACCCCUCUUGACUACAGCUCUUCGCGAUCGCGAUCUCCCAGUCCUUCAUAUCAUAGCUCACCUGCCAUUCCAUUACCGGCUGCUCUCGAAAGGACUAUCAAAAUUAGAAAAGGAUCCGAACCUCUAGGUCUGACCCUCGAGUUGGCCGAUAGAGGCGUCAAUGGUAUGGUUGUCAAGAAUGCCAGCAAAACGGGUGCUGUCUUUCGCGACGGACGCAUCUCAAGAGGCGAUUAUCUGCUGUCCAUUAAUAACGAAAGCCUCAGAAAUAUCACUAAUUCUAAGGCCAGAGCUAUCCUUAGAAGAGCACAACUUAUUGGCAAUGAAAUCAUUUUCAAAUAUAUUCCUGCGAGCGAUGCCGAGGUUCACAAACAAUCGUUUCAAUUGGCCCUAUCUAUGCAACACAACAGCCCUACGCCUCCUAUUGAACGAACCUCACCCUCUCUACUGCCACUACUGCGCCGCACCCCCAGCCCCAGAUCUCCAUAUUUCGGACCCAAACUAAGUGAUAGCGACAGCGAAGUAGACAUUUCUUGCGGCGAUCGGUCGGGAGUUUCAUCCGUGGCCUCCACUCCACCGCAAACACAUCCGAUGCCUCCCUUUGCAAACACUUUAUACAAUCAAUCAGAGAUCACUUCCUUUACUUCAUUUAAGCCAUUAUUAAAGUCUUCAAACGAUUUACUCGAUGCACAAGAGAUCACUACAAACUUGACUUCUAAUGAGUUUGUUGUGAGACCACAAGAGUUGAGUUCAAAUGAUAGUCUUAUUAAACCGCAAUCAUCUCAACAAUUACCACCAUUUGAAUCAAUAACACAAAUAUCACAUAAGGAGUCACCAAAAGUGUCUCCGCGAAAGUCAAAAGUGCCUCAAAAGAGCCCAAAGCAUCCAAUGGACCAAAUAUGUAGUGAUAGUGACAAACAAUCUGUUUCUCCAGAAACUGGUUCCACAAGUAGUGACACCACAAACAACGCCAGUAUUACCUCAACUGUAACGCGACAAUGGGGUGAAGAAAGAGUGGUUCAAUUGAUCCGCGAAGAGAGUAAAGGAUUAGGCAUUAGUAUUGUGGGCGGAAAAGUGGAACUCUUCAACACGUCUCUCGGAAACUCGAUUUCCGGUAUUUUCAUUAAAAACAUUUUGGCCGACAGUCCCGCCGGACGCGAGGGUACACUCAAGAGUGGAGACCGCGUUCUGAGCGUCGAUGGCGUGGAUCUGCGAGAGGCCACUCACGACAAGGCAGUCGAUGCCAUCAAAAAUGCCAACAAUCCCAUCAAUUUUCUUGUUCAAAGCCUAUUGCCUUUUAGCAAAGACAGUGCUUCCAAUGCUUCCAAUCUAAUGAAUAAAACCGAGACCUCUAUGGCCUCGAGCGCCACAUUAGCAGCCGUUGAGUCUGUGGCUGAAGAAGUAGGUUCUGAAGCGAGCGAUGACUUGUGUAGUUCGCCUCAAAUUAGUGCUCCCAUUGAGUCCCUAACCACUGAUGAUAAAGAUUCACACAUUGGGGUUGCAGUUCUGGAUUUAAAUGAAAUGACAGAAGAAGUGACUGAAUCCGAGGCUGAUUUAAAUGGAAGAGAUAUGACCGGAAAGAUUAGGACUUCCAAAGGGGUUCAGUCGUACAAACCGUACAAACCGUACAAACCUUACAAACAGGACUUCAUUCAACAAAAUCGAUACUCGUCUAAGCGAACGCUUAUUCCUUUAGUGCUCCCAAACCCUGAGCAUCUGAGCAUCAAAAGGGAAUUUAUGGAGGCUUUGGCUAUAAAAAAAGUCCAGAAAAAAUACGGCGAUUUAAACGGCUAUGCGUUUUUAGUGGACCUCCAAAAAGGACUGUCGGGUCUGGGAAUAAGUUUGGCGGGCAAUAGAGACCGGACCAAAAUGAGUGUUUUUGUCUGUGGUUUACAUCCAAAGGGAAGCGCUUAUAAAGACGGAAGACUACAAAUUGGAGAUGAAAUUCUUGAGGUGAAUGGUAUUGUAGUUCAGGGCAGAUGUCAUCUAAAUGCUUCAGCAAUUAUUAAGAGUCUUAUUGGACCCGUUUAUAGGAUUAUUGCCCUCAGAAGAGAUGGUGCCUUGAAUGAGAUGGCAGUCAAGCCGCUCACACAGUUUCCCGUCCACUUAGAGGAUGACAUUAUUGAAGAGAAAUACAGCAAAUAUAAAGGCGUCCGAACUAUAACUGUCAGAAAAGGAUCUCAAGGGUUAGGGAUUAUGAUCAUUGAAGGCAAACACUCAGAACUGGGUCGAGGAGUGUUCGUUUCGGAUAUUCAAGAAGGCAGUCCCGCUUUUACCGUCGGACUUAACGUCGGAGAUAUGAUAUUAUGCGUGAAUUUAAUCGAUUUAAUUGGAGCCGACUAUGAGAUGGCCGCUUCAGCCCUGAAGAGUGCGGAGGGAUUGCUGACUCUUGUGGUCGCAAAACCAACCAAAUCCAGUCUCCAAGAAAUGAUUGUUGAGAGCGAUUCCGUGGAAAAUAUUUGCGAUGAUAUCAAAAAAGAAUCCAUUAAUCCCAGUGCACCUCCACCUACACUUCCCAAACCACAAACAGUGCACAAAUCACUGCACGGCCCGAUUCGGACGUCGACCGCUACGAACGGAUCCCUAUCCCGGGCCAAUCAAAAAACAAUUCCAGCACUUCCCACACCUGUUACACACAAAACACAUUUAGUUUCUUCUAAUUUGGACUCUUAUGGAGCGAACACUCAGUCUUUUUUCACUCAUCUAAAAGAAGCGUCUGAUCCACAACACAGUGACCUCAAGACAUGUCAAGUAAAGGGUGGGCGCGAGACUACCAUUGAGAUCGUCAAAGAGAAACUCGGGUUAGGGCUCAGUAUUGUCGGCGGUUCGGACACACCUCUGAAUGCAGUCAUCAUUCACGAGGUAUAUCCUGACGGCGCGGCCGCACUCGACGGUCGAUUGAAACCCGGGGAUCAGAUCUUAGCCGUUAAUAAUGAAGAUUUAAGAGAUGCCCUACAUGAUCGCGCGAUUGCAGCCCUUCGACAGACACCGCCUGUCAUUAAAUUAACUGUUUUUAGAGACAAUGCGGAGACACAAGAAGAAGAGAUCAGUGAUAUAAUAGACAUCGAGUUAUAUAAAAAGUCUGGAAAAGGCUUGGGAUUGAGUAUUGUUGGCAAGAAGAGUGGGUCUGGAGUUUUCAUAUCUGAAGUGGUAAAGGGAGGCAUUGCUGAAUCGGACGCCCGGCCACACCUCAUGGUUGGCGACCAGAUAUUAGAGGUGAACGGAGAGGACUUGAGGGAUGCGCCGCAGUCUCACGCGGCGGCUAUACUUAAGACCACUUCCGGCAAAAUCAAUCUGAAAAUCGGUCGCCUGAAGGCCGGCGCAAGACAUAGUCACUCGGAAAACCUCUCGACUUCAAAGUCAGACGAGAUGUCAACUGACGAGCCUUUACAGCAGAAGGAGAUAGUAUUGGAGCGCAGAUCCGAAGGAUUAGGUUUCAGUAUAGUUGGAGGUUAUGGCAGUCCUCACGGAAAUCUUCCCAUUUGUGUGAAGAAUGUGUUCGAAAGGGGGGCCGCGGCCGCGGACGGACGGCUCAAGAGGGGAGACAUUCUGUUGGCGGUCAGUGUGUCGGCCGACGAUCAGCAGUGGUCUACCACUCAAUUGGAUGGUCUCACACAUGAAGAGGCGGUUGAAGUGUUGAAAGCAAUCACUGGAACCGUUAAACUCACAGUUUUGACGAAUUGAGAGAUAAUUAAUGCAUUUGUCAAUUGAAAUAUCUCUCACUUUAGACAAUAGAAAAUAAUUUAAAAUACAAGACAUACGCCUCUUUUGCCUUAAAGUUUAGGUCAUAUCUUCAUAUCUAUUCAAUUAUUAUUCAAAACAUUACAUUUAAUUAAAGGCAUAAAUCAUUUCAUUUAUCGGCAGCUCU